AUGCCGUCCGCGCCGCCUCUCUCGUGGCGCCUGGGCCUCCCGCUCGUCGUCUUCGUCUCCGUCCCUUUUCUCCUCCCGCUCACCCUCCCAUUCCUCCUCCUCCGCCCCUCCGACUCCUCCCCGCGCCCUCUCUCCUCCCACCGCCUCACCUGGCUCCCGUCCAUUCACAUCGCUGUUCCAUCACCACCGCCGCCACCGCCACCGCCACAGCCGAUACGGACGCCACCGCAGCCGACACAAACGACGACGUCACCUUCUCCACCACCGCCCCUACCGACAACAAAAACGGCGUCUCCACCGCCGCGGCCCAAGGCGGACGCCGACACGACACCCGAACGGUGCGACAUCUACGACGGGACGUGGGUCCGGGCCGACGACGAUGACGAGGGGGAAGAGCCAGUCAGGCCGCUGUACGCGCCGGGCACGUGCCCGUACGUGGACGAGGCGUACGCGUGCGCGUCCAACGGGCGCCCCGACGCCGGGUACACGCGGUGGCGCUGGGCGCCGCGCGCGUGCCGCCUGCCCCGGUUCAACGCGACGGACUUCCUGUCGAGGCUGCGGGGUCGGCGGCUGAUGCUGGUGGGCGACUCCAUGAACCGGAACCAGUUCGAGUCCAUGCUCUGCAUCCUCCGCGCCGCGCUCCCCGACAAGUCCAGGGUGUUCGAGACCCACGGGUACCGCAUCUCCAAGGGCCGCGGCUACUUCGUCUUCAAGUUCCCGGAUUAUGAUUGCACGGUAGAGUUCGUGCGGUCGCAUUUCCUGGUCCGGGAAGGGGUGCGGCUGAACCGGCAGGGGAACUCGAACCCCAUCCUCCAGAUCGACCGCGUCGACAAGACGGCCGGCCGCUGGAAGAAGGCCGACGUCCUCGUCUUCAACACCGGCCACUGGUGGACGCACGGCAAGACGGCCAGGGGCAAGAACUACUACAAGGAAGGCGAUACACUAUACCCCCAGUUCGACUCGACGGUGGCCUACCGGCGAGCCCUCAAGACGUGGGCGCGGUGGGUCGACAAGAACAUGGACCCCAAGAAGAGCGUCGUCUUCUACCGGGGAUACUCCACGGCACACUUCAGGGGAGGUGAGUGGGACUCGGGCGGCUCGUGCAGCGGGGAGACGGAGCCCACGUUCAAGGGCGCCGUCGUGGACAGCUACCCGGAGAAGAUGAGGAUCGCGGAGGAGGUAAUCAGGGCGAUGCGGUUCCCGGUGCGGCUGCUGAACGUGACGAGGCUGACGAGCUUCCGCAAGGACGGGCACCCGUCGGUGUACGGCAUGGCGCCGGAGAAGAGGAGGAAGGUGUCCAAGAGGAAGCAGGACUGCAGCCACUGGUGCCUCCCCGGCGUGCCCGACGCCUGGAACGAGCUCAUCUACGCGUCCCUCGUCUUGGAGCCCAACCCCAGCUCGUGGGAACGUAGAUGA